AUGGCCAAACACAAUUCUUCCAUACUAGACAUAUUUUCCAUACCAGACCAACUGCUGAAAGGGGAGAAUGGAAAAGCAGUUGUGAUAGACAAGGAAAAACUGUCUCCAGAAGAACGCAAAAAAUAUGAUGAUGGCUGGCAAAAUAAUGCUUUUAAUAUGUAUGUUAGUGACAUGAUAUCACUUCACCGAAGUCUGCCUGAUGUACGAGACACUGAAUGUCAGUCUCUUCAGUACCAGGAAAAACUACCUGACACCAGUGUAGUGGUGUGUUUUCAUAAUGAGGCAUGGACAGUCUUGCUGAGAACCGUACAUAGUAUUCUAGACAGAUCUCCACCCCACCUACUCCGCGAAAUUGUUCUGGUCGAUGAUUUCUCUGAUAUGGAUCACCUGAAAGAGCCAUUGGAAACUUACAUGGCAAAGUUAGGCAAAGUGAAAAUAGUACGGACUAAGAAACGAGAAGGUUUAAUACGAGCACGGUUACUAGGUUACUCGGUAUCAACUGGAGACGUUCUGACAUACCUGGACUCCCACUGUGAAUGUACUGAAGGAUGGCUGGAGCCAUUAUUAGAUAGAAUCGCUACAAACAAUUCUAUUGUCGUCUGUCCUGUCAUCGAUGUCAUUGAAGAUGAUUCAUUUAAAUACCAAUAUGGCAGUGCCAAAAGUACGAGUAUUGGGGGAUUUGAUUGGAACCUUCAGUUUAACUGGCAUGCCAUCCCAGAAUACGAGCGUCAACGACGACAAUACAAGGAUUAUAUGCCCGUCAGGUCCCCUACCAUGGCCGGAGGACUGUUCUCCAUCAGUCGAGAAUAUUUCACAAAAAUUGGCACCUACGAUCCAGGAAUGGACAUUUGGGGCGGUGAGAACCUGGAAAUGUCCUUUAGGGUUUGGAUGUGUGGUGGAACCCUGGAGAUCAUCCCCUGUUCGCAUGUAGGUCACAUCUUUAGGAAACGUAGUCCAUACAAAUGGAGGUCGGGGGUCAACGUAGUGAAGAAAAACUCCAUCCGAUUGGCUGAAGUCUGGAUGGACGACUAUAAAAAUUAUUAUUAUGAACGAUUUAACAAUGAUCUGGGUGAUUAUGGCGACGUUUCGGAGAGGAAGACUUUGAGGAAAAAAUUAAACUGUAAAUCAUUUGACUGGUUUGUUAAAAACAUAUAUCCUGAUCUCUUUGUACCAGGAGAGGCAGUGGCAUCAGGGGAGGUACGUAACAAGGCCAAACCGAUGUGUGUAGAUAGCUCAGUGGACUCUCACAACUUCCACAAACCUGUCAACAUGUGGCCAUGUCACAACCAGGGAGGCAACCAGUACUGGAUGCUGAGUAAAGGUGGUGAGAUUCGCCGGGACGAUGGGUGUCUGGAUUAUUCGGGUGGUGAAAGUGUGAUUAUCUACCCCUGUCAUAGCCAGAAGGGUAACCAAGAGUGGGUGUAUAGGGAGGACAACACAAUUCUCCACGCUAACACACAGAAAUGUAUGGAGGUAUCGGUAGACGGUCAAAAGCUCCUGAUGCGGACGUGUUCUGGUAUCGACCGACAACUGUGGCAGUGGAAGAAGAAACCACCAAACGGCAUUAUACGGGACACAGUUUAGGCACAUCAUUGUUUGUUAUCAUGUUGAUAUACAGAAUUGUUAUU